AUGUUGACAUCAGAAGCGCAUGGUGUAACCCAAGACCAAUGAGUCCAAAAUGUCGUUGGGCUGGUCCUGCAUCAUCGAGACAGGUUUUCAUCCUGUGAUUCAUGUGAAGGAGGUCGGAGCAGUACCGGUAGGGAGCCGAUCUCCCGUUCCGGCAAGAACCUCGGCAUUGCCCUCCACGUCACGACACAGCUGUACAACUCUCCACCAGCAACUCCUGCAUCUCGCCUGUCCUCUUUCCUCAAACAAUCGAUUCGCGCAGCAAAUAUACAUGGCCUUUGCAUACGACUGCUAGACCGUCUCGUCCACCAAUCGCGCCCUGCACACCGAGACGUCCGACCUGCCCACGCGACCCAGCUUCAACGCGAAGCUCCGGGCAUCGCACCCCCACAGCACACGAUGAUACAAUCAACGCGCAACUGGCUGCGGCGCAACCGCGCCAACUUCGCCAUCGGUGCCGGCGUCGUCGGCACGGCAUACCUCGCUGGGCAGUAUGCGCUGGGCAAGUUCAGCGAAGCACGGCAGCGCAUGAGCGAGGAGCGCAUCGCGAAAGAGAACCUGCGCCGGCGCUUCGAGCAGAACCAGGAAGACUGUACCUUCACAGUGCUCGCGAUCCUGCCGACGGCCACAGAGAAGGUGCUCGAUGCGAUACCCGUCGAGCAGGUGCUGGAGGAGCUGCAGCGGCAGAAGGCCGAGCGUCUGGCGAGGAGCGUGGGACCGAGUGAGAUUGCGAGCAGUGCACCGCCGAGUGUGGCUGAUGCGACGGAAGACGGCACCCGGAGCAGCGUGCACGAUUCGGAGAGCUACGUGCACGCCAGCCAAGUCGCGCUGGACGAGGCGAGCGCCGUGUCUGGCGAGGCUGGCACCGAGGCGGCCGCGGGCGAGAGGGCGACGGCCAAGGCGAGUCGGAAGAGCAAGGCACAGCUGUGGAAUGAAAUGAAGAUAGGCUCCAUCACCCGCGCCUUCACGCUCCUCUACACAAUCUCCCUCCUCACGCUGCUCACCCGCAUCCAGCUCAACCUGCUCGGCCGCCGCAACUACCUCGCCUCCGUCGUCUCACUGGCCGCGCCUCCGCCCGCCGACUCGGCCUCCCGCAUCAACCUCGAGAACAACGACGACGACAACUUCGAGCAGGCCUACGGCAACGACUUCGAGACGAACCGGCGCUACCUGAGCCUGAGCUGGUGGCUUCUGCACCGAGGCUGCAUCGACUUGAUCGAGAAAGUACGGGUCGCCGUGAAAGACGUCUUCGGCCUGCUCAACCCACGUGAGGAGAUUACAAUCGAGAGGCUCAGCGAACUGACGCUCGAAGUACGGAAGCGCGUCGAGGGCUCCACCGAGGAAGAGCGACGGACAUGCAAAUGGCUGGCCUACCUACUCCCGCCGCCCGACCAGGAAGACUUCGUCCUCGCCGAGUCCGGCAUGACGUCCUCGUCGCAGUCCACCUCGCCCACCACCACCACCUCGCUGCGCCGCCUCAUCGACGAAACAAGCGACAUUAUAGACUCGCCCGCCUUCACGUCUGUCCUGACCCGCCUGCUGGACGCGUCCUUCUCGCAUCUCAUCGACGUCAAGAUCAGCCAGCUGUCCUACAAGAUCCCGCCCAUCAGCGCCGACAGCGCCCGCGUCACCGAGAUUGUGGGCGACGGCGUCAAAGCCAAGGUCGCCAAUUCUCUGGCCGUGUUCUGCAGGCAGGCGCACAACAUUGGUGCUGGGGCGAACAACGAGUAUCUGGAGAAGAUCGAGCAGGUUGGCGAGCUGGAGGCCUUUGCUGCCGUGGUGUACAGUAGUAAUUUCGAGUUUGAGAGUCCGGCGCUGACGACUGAAAGUGCAACGGGUGCUGUUGCGACAGAUGCUGGGAAGAGUGAGUUGCUGGACCUGAAGGAGGAGGUCAAGGAGAAGAUUGAGAAGGCCGAAGAGAGCUUUGAGAGCGCGUGGGACAAGGCGGUUGCCAGCUAAGGGCUCGUGGAGCGGAGCGAGCGGUGCAGCGCUGGCUACAGUCACGGAGAUUGGGCUACGUUGCAUCCGUACAUGUUGUAUGAAUGAUACCCGAUGACCAACAAUCCGCCUCCCUAGUUCUGUGUUAUUCGUCCCUCGUGUACGCGCUAGCGUCAUAUCAGUCUGCCCGCACCUCAGCGCGUCCUCCUCCGCCUAUCUUCCACUACUCCAUCUUCUACGAAAAUUCCAGGCUAUCCGCGCUCGCAACCACCACACCGCGAACUCGCCUGAGUGACGCGUACCUGCAAGCCACUCAAGCGCGAAAGCCUCCACGUGGAAUCGAUCGCUUGUCGAACUGUAUCACACACUCGUCACC